AUGGUGUUUGGACCCAAAACCUCUGGCUUCUGUGCCUUCAUAUCACUAUGGGGAGUGGUAUUCAUGGUAACGUGCCUUUGCCUUACUGCUUACUGUUUAGGGAGUACUUGGAGUGGCCUUCUGGAGCCAGGCUGUUGGACUGAUGGAGAGUCUACCACAAUCUGACAAAACGUUUACGACGUUCGAAGAACUAAAACAAGAUGUGGAAGACAAGUACUGGGAGAAUGCCCUCAAGUGUUGGUAUGUCAGUGGAUUCUACGGUGUUACCUUGGUAUUGAGUGUCGUGAGAUUAGCGUUUGCAUAA